AUGACUGACAGGUUGACUCAACUACAAAUAUGUUUGGACCAAUUGGUGGAACAGUUCAACGCCACAGUGAACUAUGUCAACCUCAAUAGUGAGCCAGGGCUAUUAGAUGAGAACCCUAAGUCCGUCAUUAAUAGAGCAGCAGCAGCACCUGUUGCCGGUCAAACUCAACCCCCAGGACAAGGACAAGGACAAAAUCAGACAGGUAAAGCAAGUCCCUCGGAAAGCAAUCGGCAGUCCAAUGCUCCUAACACGGGUAGUGACACGGGUAUAAAUAGAGAUGACGCAGAAGCUAACUUUGAAAACACCAUCAAUGAAUUAUCAACAGAUAUUAUAUUGAAAUCUCGUCAGAUCAGUUUACUUAUUGAUUCACUCCCCGGUAUCGGAGUUUCGCCUGAAGCGCAAUUGGAAUUGAUAGAAGAGUUGGCUGGAGAAUACGAUACGGUGGAGAAGGAAAGAGCAGAGAAGAUAAAACAAAAAGAUGAACUACUUAAAUGGUGUGAUUCCCUUAUAAUAGAAGUAGCCAAUGGAAUCACAGAAGCAAGAUGUUGA